CAAAGCGCGCCGCAAAGCGCGGGAUGGCUCGGCAGUUUCGCGACAGUGCCGUCGCUCAGAUCCAAGAUGGCGGCGCCGGCGAUGCUGAGGCCGAGCGUCGGGAUGGAGGCGCGCUGCCCGGACUGGACCCAGCAGGCCGUCACCACCGGGGUGAGUCCGGGAGGGAGGGGGGACUGGGGGGGCAGAGGGGGGCUCCCCUCCCGCCCCCCCCGCCCCACAACAACCCCGCCAGGGAGGCCCCGGGCGGUGGGGGGGGGGGGGGAAGGAGGGGGUGGGGGGGCCCAGGUCCCUGCCCCGAAGAGGCUGCCCCCCCCCCGUGCUGCCUGGCUGGCCUGGGAGUCAGCGCCUCGCGUGUCCCCCCCCCCCAGGGUGGCCCCCUGCCCUGUGUAAUGCAGGAUGGUAGUCAGCCCAAGGCCUGGUGGAAGAGGAAUGUUUUCGCCCCCUAAAGCAGGCAUCCCCAAACUUGGCCCUCCAGACGUUUUGGGACUACAAUUCCCAUCAUCCCUGACCGCUGAUCCUGUUAGCUACGGAUGAUGGGAGUUGUUGUCUCAAAGCAUCUGGAGGGCCGAGUUUGGGGGUGCCUGCCCUAAAGGUAUGUAAGGAAGGCCCCUUCGCUGCGUUUUAUAUCCUGCCCUUUUUUGCUCCAUAGAGCUCAAGGCAGCAUAUGCAGAUGGGUCUCUCUACCGCCGUCUUCUAUUUUAUCCUCACAACAGCUUUGCUGUGUGGGUUGGGCUGAGAGAGAGGCAGCGACUGGCCCCAGGAGACACCCCCCCCACAAGCGAGAUUCAUGGCAGGGUGCAGGAGUCGAACUCUGGUCUCUCCCACAAGCCCUGCUCCAUCACUGCCCCUGUGGCUGUCAUCGUUUGCCUGUUGAAUUUGUCAGCCGCUUUUCCUUGCCCAGGGCAGCCCAAAGCAGCUUAACAGCCAAACAUAUUUGCAACUAAAUGCUGUCACAAUUAAGGGGGGGGGGGCGAGAAUAGUGUUGGUUGGUUUGUGUAUACCCGAAGCCAUCACAAAGCAAGAUGCGUAAAGCAAAAUAAAAUAAAUCACACUGUGAAAAUAAUAAUCAGAGCUUUGCACUCUGCCACAUAAAAAAACCCCCAGGCUCUUAGAAACCAGCAAGCAGAAUCUGAGCACAAUAACUGUGUUAUUCACAACAAUUCAAAAACAUUGAGGCCUCCAACCUCAAGAGCUCUCUUUUCCACCCAAUCAUUUUUUAAAGCUAUGCGUGACAUCGCCCUUCCUUUUCCCAACCCAGACGGCAGCAGUGGAAGAAGCUGCAGCUGGUGGGAUUUCCUCCUCCCUUCCUGCAUUGCGGGGGGUUGGGCUGGAUGACCCCUUGGAGCCCUUGCAGCUCUGCAAAUCUAUGAUUCCAGCAAGCCCUAGAGAUCUGGGCUUGGCCCCACGGUCCUUGCUUGUUCCUCACCCUCUUCCUCCCCUUCCUCAGACAACCAUCAUGGCUGUGGAGUUUGACGGUGGGGUCGUCAUCGGUGCUGACUCCAGGACCACCACGGGGUGAGUGGGGGAAGGGGGGGGUCUGUGUGAAGGGCCUCCCAGCACCCUCUCAGAAAACCAACUCCACAUUGCUUUUCCUGGGAGGCAUUCCCAUCUGUUCUCAGGUGGCUGGGAGCAGAAUGCCAUCCCGGGAAGAAUAAUAAGAGGAAUUGCAACAGCAAGAAGAUGGCACUAUUUUGUGAAGGGCCAUAGCUCAGCAGUCGAGCACCUGUCCUGCAUGCAGAAGGCCUUAGCUUCAUGGGUAGGGCUAGGAAUGUCACCUGGCCUGAAACCCUGGAAAGCCAUUGCUUAAAUAAAAAAAGAGAGUUUCAAAGCUUUACUGCAAGCAGCCUUAGCCUAAAGGUAAAGAGACCCCUGACCAUUAGGUCCAGUCGUGGCCGACUCUGGGGUUGCGGCGCUCAUCUCGCUUUACUGGCCGAGGGAGCCGGCGUACAGCUUCCGGGUCAUGUGGCCAGCAUGACUAAGCCGCUUCUGGCGAACCAGAGCAGCGCAUGGAAACGCCGUUUACCUUCCUGCCAGAGUGGUACCUAUUUAUCUACUUGCACUUUGAUGUGCUUUCGAACUGCUAGGUUGGCAGGAGCAGGGACCGAGCAACGGGAGCUCACCCCGUCGUGGGGAUUCUAACCGCCAGCCUUCUGAUCUGCAAGUCCUAGGCUCUGUGGUUUAACCCACAGCGCCACCCGCGUCCCUUUUAGCCUUAGCCUAGUUACAUAAUAAGCACUGCAAAAUGCAAAGCAACUCAUUGCUCUUAAACAAAUCAGCAAUGUGGUGAGCCAUUUCUGCCGGGCAUUGAGGUAUGAGUUAAUGUGAAGCUGCUUUCUUGAGCCCUUUUCAAUUCUGCGCUUUCUCCAGAGCAAUGAGGACCAGAAUCUUCCUCUGACUCUGAGGGAGGGGGCAUCAGAGCCCCUUCAUUGCACGCAGGAGGCCCCAGAGGCCCCAGCAGCAUCCCUGUGUAGGGCUGGGAGAGAGACCACUUGCUUGAGACCCUUGAGAGGCAGGUCCGGGGGGACGCUGGCUGAGUAAGGUGGGUCGUGAGGAGGGGCGCGAGACGCUGUAAUAAGACAGCUUCCAAUGUGUGACUUUCACUUCUGGUUUGGGAGGUUAUGGGCGGCUUCUGGGCCCCUCGGACGCAGCCGCCCUGAAAUCCUUUGUGGGCCGUGAACUCCCAACACUGAUGCCCCCUCCCCGCCUCCCUCUUGCAGUUCGUACAUCGCCAACCGCGUCACAGACAAGCUGACACAGAUCCACGACCACAUUUUCUGCUGCCGUUCGGGCUCCGCUGCAGACACCCAGGCCAUCGCGGACGCCGUUACGUACCAGCUGGGCUUCCACAGGUACGGAGGGUGGGGGGACGCUGGGGGCAGGGGAGGUAGGUGGGGGGGGGCAGCACAUUUCUGGCCCCCCUGAGCCUGCAGGCCUGCUGGGGCUCCACAGAACCACACUCUUUUUCACUUGGUGACAAAACUCAGCCCUGGAAGAAGGCUAGGCCUGUUAACGUAUUAUCUUGCUGUUCUGGGGGAACGUUCUUCCCAGCUGUUGAUUCUGCCAAGUCAGGAGUUCACAUGGGGCAGGGCUUGAAGAAUCCAGAGACAUGGAUCUAAUGCUUUAACUUUGGGGAAUUGUAGAACCGUCAAGCGGGAAGGGACCCCCAAGGGCCCUCUAGUCCAGCUUACGAACGAAGGCCACAGGAGAAUAAUUGUUGUUGUUUAGUCGUGUCCAACUCUUCGUGACCCCAUGGACCAGAGCACACCAGGAGAAUAAUAAUAAUAAUAAAAUGGCUAACAACAAAUUUAAAACAAUUAUAAAAGUAUAAAAACAUGAAUAACAAUAAAAUUCAAAAAUGAAUUUAGGGAAAAUAAACAUUAGAUAAUCCCCAGGACUAGCUGGCUGAAUUAGUCCUAUCUGGGCCAGCGAGGAGGGCAGGGGAGAAUUAGCUGUGGGAUCCCAGAGCGGGUUAUCUUCAUAAAAAGGGGAGAAGGAGGGAAGGAAGGAAGGGGAAUAAAAGAUCAGGCUGAAUUCAAAUUAAAGGCCAGGCGGAAUAGCUCUGUCUUACAGGCCAGGCGGAAGGAGGUUAAAUCCUGAAGGACCCUGGUCUCCUGGGACAGAGCAUUCCACCAGAUCGGAGCCACCACUGAGAAAGCCCUGGCCCUGGUGGAGGACAGUCUGACUUCCUUGGGGCCUGGACCUCUAAACUAUUCAUGGACCUUAAGGUCCUCUGUGGGGCAGACCAGGAGAGGUGGUCCCGAAGAAGCCUUUUCUACACCCUAGAGUUGGUGGUGUGGGGCCUGCGUGGAUGUCCACGGCCCCCUGUGGCUGCCAGUCUCCGCCCUGCUUGCUCUGUGUGUGACCUGUUUCUCUUCUCUCCCCCCCCACCCAAAAAAUUCUGCGCAGCAUUGAACUGGACGAGCGCCCACUGGUGCACACAGCCGCCAGCCUCUUCAAGGAGAUGUGCUACCGCUACCGAGAGGACCUCACGGCCGGGAUCCUGGUGGCCGGCUGGGACAAGCGCAAAGGGGGACAGGUGAGGUGGGGGGGCUGCCCCCCAAGCAAGCAAGCAGGCUGGCCACCUACCCACCCACCCACAGGGCCAGGCCUGGAUCCCCGGCACGGGCAACCUAUGCUUGACUCUCUGAGCCCUGGUGGGAGGCGGGGGCUGUAUCCUCUGGACUGGCUCAUAACUGUGUCCCCCCCCCUUCCCAGGUGUACUCUGUCCCCAUGGGGGGCAUGAUGGUCCGCCAGCCCUUCUCCAUCGGGGGCUCCGGCAGCUCCUACAUCUACGGUUUCGUCGACGCCACUUACAAGCCGGGGAUGAGCAAGGAGGAGUGUCUGAGCUUCACGGCCAAUGGUGAGGAUGCAGAAUGGGGGCCCCUCAAAUUGGGGUGGGGGUGUCUCCCAGUCCUCCUGGGGGUGUCCUGCCUCACUCUCAUCUCUUCCUUUUUUUAAAAAUUUUUUUUUAUUAAUUUUAACAUAUAAAUUAUAAAAUGUACCACAAAACUUAUCACUUAUACAGUCUUUUUAGACUUCCAUCAGCACCUCUGAUGAUCCACCGUUUUAACCACUUCUUACGCAUUUAUUAACUUUAUAUUGCCUUUGCAUCUAACAAAUCAUCCUCCCCCUUCUCCAUUUUUGCAAUACUUCCAAUAAUACGCCUCACAAACCUUCUUGCAAACCUACAAACGUCCUCUGAUCUUCACAAACACUUUUCAAAUAGUCUGUAAAUUUACUCCAGUCUUCCUUGAAUUUCUGGUCCCGCCGGUUUCGAAUCCUUCCUGUUAGUUUAUCUAAUUCUGCAUAGUCCAUUAACUUCAUCCUCCAUUCUUCGAUUGUCGGUAAUUCUUCUUCCUUCCAUUUUUGGGCCAGUAAUACUCUUGCUGCUGUUAUCGCGUAUAAAAAGAGCUUACAUUCCUUUCUAUUUAUAUCACUCCCAACAAUGCCCAGUAAAAAUGCUUCUGGUUUCUUUAUAAAUGUAUAUUUCAACAUUUUUUUCAUCUCAUUCACUCUCCUCUCUUCCAGCCCUCGCCCUGGCCAUGGACCGGGACGGCUCCAGCGGGGGGGUCAUCCGCCUGGCGGCCAUCACCAAGGACGGCGUGGAGCGCAAGGUCAUCCUGGGAAACGACCUGCCCCGGUUCUCCACCCUCUGAAAAGCGGCGGGUUGGGGGGGGGCUCAGGAAGGAAGCGGAGGGGUUCGGGGAGUCCCUAUUUUGUUCUGCUGUCAGAUUGGUUUGAUGUUGCAUUAAAAUGUGGGAGUCGG